GCAUAAUGUUGAUCACACUUCAGUUUGGGUUCACUGAAUUUUAAUGGCAAAUAAUUUUCUUUAGAAACUGACAGAAAUAUGUCAGACACAGUUUUCCUUACCCCCCCUACUCCUUCUCCCUCUCCCAUCUUCCACUGUGACUAUAGCGACUGGUCGCCCUCCUUUUCUAUCAUCCCCUCUGUCUACCUGCUGGCCUUCCUGGUUGGUUGUCUCGGCAACAGCCUGGUGCUCUGGGCCUACCUGGACCGAGCUGAGGGAAGAGGGACAGGAUCGUGGAACAAACUGAAAAAUGUAGUUGCACAUCUGUGCUGUACUUUCAGAACCAGCCAGCAGCGGGUUAAUGAUGCUGACUGUGUGUCUUUUCCACAGACAAACAAAACAAACUGCAGUGACUCCUCAAGACAAAGCUACAGACUCUCCCCUUAUUCCACUUCCUCCUCUCAUCCUCCAUCUACCCCUCGUCCCUCCCACUCACUUACAGACUCUUUAAUAGCCAGUUUAGCCUUAGCUGACCUCUGCUUCCUUGUUACUCUCCCCCUUUGGGCCGUCUACACAGCGACAGGCUACCACUGGCCUUUUGGGCAACCGCUUUGCCAAAUCAGCAGCUUCCUCACUGCUCUCAACAUGUAUGCCAGUGUGUUCAGCCUGAGCAUGCUCAGUGUGGAGCGGUACUGGGUUCUGACGGGACGCCGGCAGUCCAGCCGCCACCAUCGCCAGAGCUGCCCCAACAGAGCUUUGUGGAUACUUGGUGGAGUGUGGAUGAUGGCAGGAGUACUUGCUCUUCCUGGUUUGCUGCUGCGCUCUGUCAGGGAGGUGGAGAUUGAUCCAGAAUCUGAAGAUGACUUUGAAUCUGCUGAUUCUAGAUCUGUUAUCCUUUCCUGUCAGAUGGACUACUCCAUGCUGAUUGGAGCAGACCUGGAAGAGGCUGACAAGGAGAGAGUAGAGAUGUGGUGGGCUGCUGCUUUGAGUCUGAAAUCUACCAUAAUUGGAUUCCUGCUUCCUCUUGUCAUUUUACUAGUCUGCUACUGCUCACUGGCCCACCUGCUCAGCAGACAUUUUGGACAAGGGCCUCGUCCUGACCGCAGACGCCAGCAGAGACUUCUCAGAGUCAUCAUCACCUUAGUGAUGGCUUUCUUUUUGUGCUGGCUGCCACUGCACAUAAACAAAACUCUGUCCAUGCUGUUGGAGUUUGGUUUUGUCCCAUAUUCCUGCUCUUUAGAUCAAACUCUGCUGGCUGCUCAUCCAUAUGUCACCUGUUUAGCUUACCUCAACUCCUGCUUGAACCCCCUCCUCUAUGCUGCCUGUGACCCAUCAUUCAGGAAGAGAUGCAGAGGGGCUCUCCUCGUGUGGUGCAGGAGAAGAAGAGGAGCAGAGGGAAUGGGAGGAAACAAGCAAAGAGGAGAGGAGAAAGAGGAAAGGAGCUCUGCUUUCCCCACAAGGACACAGGAGGAAACAGCAGAUAGGACUGAGGAAGGAAAGGAGAUGGAGAGGGUGGUGGAUGUGGUUGUGGAAGAGGUCACAUAAACUCAAAUAUUGAAAAAUGUAACAAUCAAACAUAAAUUUACUUCUAGGAAGCAGGGCAUUCAAUUUUUAUGUUUGUGGGCAGUCAAACAUGAGUGUUAAAGUAAGUCACGCUGGCACUCCACAAACAAACAAACAAAAAAAAGCAUCAUAUGUCAAUAUUAUCAAAGUAAACAUCUUCAUCUUGGGAAAACAGUUUUUCUGGUUUUAUUGACAUUUUUUCCCACGGGAAAAAUUCAUUUCCUUCCCAAAAAACUUUAUAUCCAGAAAUGAUCCCUGAUCAUGGCAGAGCUUCUCAUGUAACAUGAUCUAUUUUGUAUUCUUAAUAUACCCUGUGUUGUUUAUUGAUUUAU